UGUGAUCAUUGAUAGAGUUAAGAUUAUUAUCUUGCUGUUUUCUGUCACAGUUGGGAAUGAAAAGACAUUUUGCUCUUUAUUAUUCCAUGUUUCCUCCUUAUGUAGCAUAGCACAGUACAAAAAUGAUUUUGAAAGUUCAAUAUUGCUAGAUUACCACAGUGAAAUCGGGCUCUUCCUACAACAAACAAGCCCCCAUUUGCAUUUGUUUAGACUAUUUUAAGAAAAUGUGUUAAUUAUUCAUCCUUGAAGAUAAGGCAAGUAAUUUUCUGUGUACUUUUAUCCGUUUUCAUGCCGUCCUGAAUCACAUUUUUUCUGUCUAGAUAGCAGGAACAUUGUCUUGAAGAAUCCAGUACAUUUGUUUCUGAAAUCUCUCAAUUAAACCACACUUCCUCUUCUAGUACAAAAUCAACCAUUUCUUUAGUUCAAGCUUUUCAAAUUUAUCCUAAGUCCCUUUCAAAUAGUACAAGGUGGAAGCCUAUGUUGGGAUCUGAGUCAAAGCAGCUACAUCUUGACAUAAUUUAACUUUGAACUCUUCUUUAAAAGUUCUGCUCAUUUGCAUUCUACUCCAUGGAGAGAAAAGGUAAUUUACACUGACGCACCAAGAAGAGCAACUCUCCUCACAGAUGGGGAUCCUCGCCCGUAGCAGCAACCUGUGCACCCCACGGUCUGGAACUCCCACAAAUCCAUUAGGCUCGGCUCUUUUAAGAGCCAUCGACUUAUGGUGCGAUCCACCUGAAUAGCGCUCAAGGCUUUUGAGGCUCUUUCUGUUCAGGACUGUAUUUCCCAGAGGCCACCGCACCGGAAUUAACGGUUCCACUUCCGGUCACCAGGGGUCGACGACGUAGUGGGGUAAGGUCUUCCUGUCCUAGGAAGAAAUCGGUGGCUGCGGGAGGUCUCUGCGGACUGGGACUCGAUCCUGACAGACCCGGCAGUAUGGAAGUGAGGGAAGUUGUGGCCCUGGAGAGUGCUUUCAAACUUAGUCUGCGCUCCAAGAAAAGCCUGGAGCCUCACGCUUGCCAUAUCUUUUCCCAGUCGUGCAAUUAUCCAAAAGAAGGACCGGAAGGAGGAUGAUAGUGUUGUUUCACACUUAGAAGUCAACACUUUCAUGCCUUGCCCCACUGCACCCAGUCCUGACUUCACAAAAAGGUUCUGGUUUGGAUAAUGUGAUCCCUUCUCAGCUCUGAAAAGUGGGACUAGGGCAGGAGGAUUGCUUACAGCAGGAUCAGAGGCCCAGUCCUAGGCCAAGGAGAGAAGCCCAAGGAAGAUUAACCAAUUUUGAAAUUCUAAAAACAUGGUCCAUGGAUCAGUGACAUUCAGGGAUGUGGCCAUCGACUUCUCUCAGGAGGAGUGGGAGUGCCUGCAGCCUGCUCAGAGGACCUUGUACAGGGAUGUGAUGCUGGAGAACUACAGCCACCUGAUCUCACUGGCAGGAAGUUCCGUUUCUAAGCCAGAUGUGAUUACGCUACUAGAGCAAGAGAAAGAGCCCUGGAUGGUUGUAAGGAAAGAAACAAGCAGAUGGUAUACAGAUUUGGAAUCAAAAUGUGGACCUGAGAAAAUAUCACCAGAAAAUGAUAUUUCUGAAAUAAAUUUACCAAAACAGGUUAUAAGGCAAAUAAGUAAAACACUUGGCCUUGAGGCCUUUUAUUUUAGAAAUGUCUCAGAAUAUAGAUGUAGAUUUGAGGGACUACAGGGACAUCAAGAAGGAUAUAUCAAUAUCAAUCAGAAGAUGAUCAACUAUGAAGAAAUGCCUACUUAUCCUCAUGCUUCUCUUAUUCACAAUACACAUAAACCAUAUGAAUGUAAGGAAUGUGGGAAAUACUUUAGUUGUGGUUCACAUCUUAUUCAGCAUCAAAGUAUUCAUACUGGAGAGAAACCCUAUAAAUGUAAAGAAUGUGGGAAAGCCUUUCAACUUCACAUACAACUUACUCAACAUCAGAAAUCUCAUACUGGUGGGAAACCUUUUGAAUGUAAGGAAUAUGGAAAAGCCUUUAAUCUUCCCACCCAGCUUAAUAGCCAUAAGAACAUUCACACAGGUGAGAAACUGUUUGAAUGUAAGGAAUGUGGGAAGUCCUUUAAUCGUAGCUCAAACCUUACUCAGCAUGAAAGUAUUCAUGCUGGUGUAAAACCUUAUCAGUGUAAGGAGUGUGGGAAAGCCUUUAAUCGUGGUUCAAAUCUUAUUCAGCAUCAGAAAAUUCAUUCCAAUGAGAAACCCUUUGUAUGUAGGGAAUGUGAGAUGGCCUUUAGAUAUCAUUACCAACUUAUUCAACAUUGCCAAAUUCAUACUGGUGGGAAGCCCUUUGAAUGUAAAGAAUGUGGAAAGGCCUUUAGUCUUCUGACACAGCUUGCUCGACAUAAGAACAUUCAUACUGGUGAGAAACCAUUUGAAUGUAAAGACUGUGGGAAGGCCUUCAAUCGUGGCUCAAACCUUCUUCAACAUCAGAGUAUUCACACUGGUGUGAAGCCCUAUAAAUGUAAGGAGUGUGGGAAGGCUUUUAGACUUCACCUACAACUUUCUCAGCAUCAGAAAACUCAUACAGGCGAGAAACCCUUUGAAUGUAAGGAAUGUGGGAAAUUCUUUCGUCGUGGUUCAAAUCUUAAUCAACAUCGAAGUAUUCAUACCGGAAAGAAACCCUUUGAGUGUAAGAAAUGUGGGAAAGCCUUUCGACUUCAUAUGCACCUUAUUCGACAUCAGAAAUUGCAUACUCGUGAGAAACCCUUUGAAUGUAAGGACUGUGGCAAGGCCUUCAGUCUUCCCAUCCAGCUUAAUUGCCAUAAGAAAAUUCACUCAGGUGGGAAGCCAUUUGAAUGUAAGGAAUGUGGGAAGUCCUUUAAUCGUGUCUCGAACCUUGUUCAACAUCAGAGUAUUCAUGCUGGUGUAAAACCAUAUGAAUGUAAGGAGUGUGGGAAAGGCUUUAAUCGUGGUUCAAACCUUAUUCAGCAUCAGAAAAUUCAUUCCAGUGAGAAACCCUUUGUAUGUAAGAAGUGUCAGAAGACCUUUAGAUAUCAUUACCAGCUUAUUGAACAUUGCCGAAUUCAUACUGGUGAGAAACCUUUUGAAUGUAAAGAAUGUGGAAAGGCCUUUAGUCUUCCGACACAGCUUGCUCAACAUCAGAUCAUUCAUACUGGUGAGAAGCCAUUUAAAUGUGAGGAGUGUGAGAAGGCCUUCAAUUGUGGCUCAAACCUUGUUCAACCUCAGAGUAUUCAUACUGAUGAGAAACCCUAUGAAUGUAAGGAGUGUGGGAAGGCUUUUAGACUUCACCUACAACUUUCUUGGCAUCAAAAACUCAUACAAGUGAGAAACUCUUUGAAUGUAAGGAAUAUGGGACAACCUUCAGAUAUCAGUACAAACUUACUGAACAUCAGAAAAUUCAUACUAGGGUGAAAGCCUUUGAAUGUAAGGAAUGUGGGAAGACCUUUUGAUAUUAUUAUCAAUUUCUUGGACAUUAUGGAAUUCAUACUGGUGAGAACCCUUAUGAAUGUCAAGAAUGUAGGAAAUGCUUUACUGGUGGUAGAAACCUUAGAAUACAUCAGAGAAUUCAUACUGGUAAGAAGGCAUUUCAAUGUGAAGAAUAUGGGAAAGUCUUUAGUCAUAGUUCAAAUCUUGUUCAACAUGUUAAAAUUCAUACUGAUGAGAAACCCUGUGAAUGUAAGGAAUGUGAAAAGGGCUUUAGUAGUAAUUAUGAACUUACUGUACAUCUAAGAAUCCAUAUUGCUGAGAAACCUUGUGAAUGUAAGGAAUGUGGGAAAACUUAGAUUUUGCUCAGUCUUUACUGCAUAUCAAAGAAUUUAUACUAGUAUGAACCCUAUGAAUGUAAAGAAUGUGGAAAGACCUUUAGUUGUAGCUCGAGCGUUGUUCAACAUGUUAAAAUUCAUACUGGUGAGCAGCCCUGUGAAUGUGAAUGUAAAGGAUGUGGGAAGACCUUUAGAGUUAGUUCAGUCCUUUCUGCACAUCACAGAAUUCAUACUGGUGUGAAACCCUAUGAAUGUAAAGAAUGUGGACAAGCCUUUACUGUGAAUGGUCAGCUUACUCGACAUCAGAAAAUUCAUAAUAGAAGUUUUGUGAAUAUAAGGAGUGUGGACAAGCCUCCACUGUGUAUGAAAAAUUUACUCAACACCAGGAAAUUCACAUUAAUGAGAAAUACUGUGAACAUAAAAGAAUGUGUGAAGAACUUUCGUCAUGACCUGGGAUUUGCUCAACAUCAGAGUAUUCAUACUGCUGAGAAAUCUUUUUAGCUUAAGAAUGUGGGCUGUUUUAUAUCCACACUAAAUGCCUUAGAGUUCAGAGAAGAUAAUUUUGGUGAGAAAGUUAUUGACGUGUGGAAUGUAGAGUACCUGCCAUGUUCACAGUUUACUGCCCAUGAAGUGUUUUACUGGAUUCAGGCAUACCUUGCUUAAUUGUUCAUUGUAGUUACUGUGUUUUAUACACAUUGAAGGUUUGCAGGAACCCUACAGUGAAUAAAUCAAUCAGCACCAUUUUCCAAACAGCAUGUGCACAUCUUGUGUCUUUGUGUCACACUUUAGUAGUUUUCAUAAUAUUUCAAACUUUUUCAUUGUUAUAUCUGUUAUGGUGAUCUAUGACCAGUGUUUUUUGAUGUUACUAGUGUGAUUGUUUUGGGAUACCACAAAUCCUGCCCAUAAAAGAUGGUGAACCUAGCUGACAAUUGUUGCAGAUUUUGAAAGAUAGUAAAAUAUACACCAUAUACCCCCACUUAGAUUCAAAAUUGUUAAUGUUUAUUUUUUUGUAUAUUUGUUGUACCAUGGAGAAUAAAUUUUAGACAUCAUCACACUUUAACCCUUAUUACAUCAGCAUGUGUAUUACCCAAACAUAAAGACAAUAUCAUAUAGCCAUAGUACCAUAAUUACCCUUAAGAUUCAUAAUUCUGUAAUAUCAUUCUAUCUUUAGAUUUCUUCAUUGGCCUGCAAACCAUCUUUUACAGCUAUUCAUUUUCUAACGAGAAUCCAUUGCAGAUUCUACAUUGCAUUUGGUUCUCUCUCUUUAGUGUAUUGUAGCCUAGAAACCAUAUGAAUGUAUGCUUUCAAAUUAUAGUGGGUAUCAGAAUCACCUGUGGAACUUAGUAAAACUACAGAAGUGUAACCCUAUCUUAUAAGCCUGGGCCUCUGUGUUUUUAUAUUAUUUCUCCAGGUGAUUGUGAUACCAACCAGGGUUAGAGAGCCACUGGUCUAGAACAUUUCUCCUCCUUU